AGCCAAUCCAUUUCAUAGAAUAUAUUAUUUGGUAAAACUUAAUACAUAAAAUUAAUACAAAAUCACUAAUCUUAAUUUAUGACAUUUGAAAACACUAAUCUGAAUUUAUUUAUUGUAUUUAGAUAUUUCUAUACAUACCUUUCAACAAAAUAUAUCAUAUAUGUAUAAAAAAAAAUUUCUUCAAUAUCACGAGUUAUAUUGAGUUGAGAAAUUUAAUAACUAAUUAACUAUAUUGUUAUUUUUUUUUUCCUUUUGAAGAACUCAGGCCUCAAAAAAUUAGUAAAAAGUCAAACUCUAUUAAUUUCCAUUAAAAAAAUUAUAUUAUAGUCCUAUUCACCUGUGGUUUUGGCAUACUAAAUACACAAGAACCAACUAAUACCACCUAAUCAACUACUUAUUCCCACUGAACCACUACAUCUAAUUUCAAAUUUUCUUAGGCUUAUUAUUCAAAUUCACCCCUUAUUUCAUAAAUAAAAUCUCAACACAAACUCAUCCUCAAUAGUAAUAGAAUGAGAAAAGAUAUGUCUACGCUUUCUUGCAUAACCUUAGCUUGCAUGAUCCUUCUCUUGAUCUUCAACCAAUCAUCCUCAACUCGUACUCUAGGCAACUCAGUUCCAAACCCAACUCGCCAUAAUUACAACCAUAAUCAUCACAAAAUCACAUUCCUAAUUAGGGACAUUUUCAAUGUUACAACAAGUACUAAACUCACUAGCACUACCACUAAUGAUCUUCCAUUCUCCAAACCACUAGGCCUAAUCCCUCCCAAAGAUGGAGUACGUGUCCCCUCAACCGAAUCGUUCCCUCAAAUGCUUAGUUUUCCUGGCUUAUCCUUCCCCAUGGCUAGAGCUACCCUCCAAGAGUUGGAGUUUGGGACAGUGACCCCUAUCGAGGAGGGCAUAUACAACUCUGAUCAGUCUCAUCAUCACGAUGAUAGUCCACGAGUAGUGAUUGGCAAGGCACAAGGAAUUUAUGUUGCAACCUCUGAAGGAGGGAUUAGUAGCCACAUGAUGGCCUUAACGGCGAGUUUUGGCAAUGGUGAUGAGGCUAAUGGUUUGAGGUUCUUUGGGGUUAGAAAAAAGGGUGUUACUGAGUCUCAUAUUGCUGUUAUUGGUGGUGUUGGUAAGUACCAAGGUGCCAAUGGUUAUGCCACUUUGAAGAGAGUAAAUAUUAACUCACAAAAGAAUAAUGGAGUUUCUAAGCUUUUUAAGUUUAGUGUGUAUCUCAGUUAGUUAUUAAUCCCUCAAAACAAAUAUAUAAGAAAAUAUGAUCUUAUUAUUAAGUACUCUUUCAUAUCAUAUAUAAUAUUUAUGUACCAUCUUUGCUUCUUGCUCUAGUUUAUUAUAUAUACAUAUAGUUAUGCUUAAGUAGUAUUUUGUUAAGUUUUAUUUUCGUAUGUUAAUGGAAAUUUGGGGAAAUUCAAAAAAUCGUUGUUGGAAAUUUUUGACUUUAACAGAAAGCUUGAUGAAAUGUGAAAUUACAAUUGAUAUAUAAAUACCAUUGUUUUUAGUUUA